ACCGGUUCUUGUUCUCAUCAUGGCCGAAGGUAAAGUUUCAGCUCUCGUCGCUCCCAUCAUAAGUGCCCACGGUUUACAUUACAGGAAUCCGAGAUUUCCUGUGAACAUUAAACUUCCUGACAACUUGGAAUGCGGCACAAAGAUUUAUGUCCAUGGAGCUUCAAAUCCAGAUGCGAGCAGAUUCAGCUUGAAUUUAAAAAACGCCGAAAAAGAUGCAAAUAUUUACUUCCACUUCAACCCUCGUUUUGACGAAGGAGUUGUGGUGCGCAACAGCCGAUUGGAUGAGUCUUGGGGAGACGAAGAACGCGAAGGAGACUAUCCAUUUGUUGCAGGUGAAUCAUUCCUGUUGGCUGUAACCGCUGGUGUAGAUGGAUACGAGGUUGAGGUGAAUGGAGCUCCUUUCAUUACUUACAACCAUAGAGAAGGGAUGCCUCUGUGUGACGUUACCCACUUAACUAUGGGAGGAGAUGUCACAGUUUAUGGAAUACAUAUUCCUUUAGCAUCUAUGCCAAUACCUUUGGUUCUCCGUGUUCCUAAAAAUACUUACCUAGGAGACACACUCAAGAUCGAAGGAGACGUUCCUGAUGGUGCAGACAGAUUUGUCAUCAAUCUUCAAUGUGGCACUGAUGAGGGAGCUGAUAUUAUGUAUCACUUCAAUCCUCGAUUUGGGGAUGACGUUAUAGUGUGCAACAACCGAUGUGCUGAUUCCUGGGGUGACGAGGAGCGACUGGAAUCUGUGCCCAUGAAACCCGGAGAACACUUUUCUCUGAGCAUUGUGGCUGGCAAGGAUGGCUAUUUACCUGUUGUUAACGGCAAUCCUUUGCCCGUCUUUACACAUCGCCUGGAUAUGUCAGCUGCUUGUUCCAUUUGUAUUGAUGGCGAUGUCGUCAUUAAAGACUUGUCCGUUGAUUGUCCUCCAGUUCGCCUACCUCCUCAAGUACCUGAUCUGAAUUUAGAAGAGCUUGAAGACAAAACAAUUCAAGUCUUUUAUCCGACCAAUCCCGUCACUGUUGCAUUGCCAAGUGGAUUUGGACCCGGUAAAAUGACAUACGUAUCAGGAAAAAUCGAUGGCGAGCCAACUCGUAUAAAAGUGAAUUUGCAAUGCGGCGACGCUGAAGACUCUGAAGUCGCUCUGCAUUUCAAUCCACGCUGGGAUUCAGAUGAAGGAACUGUGUACGUUCUCAACUCUCUGGAUGAUGGAGCUUGGGGGGAUGAAAUCCGUGAACCGAACCACAUUGCUCCCGGAUCGAACAUCGAAAUGCACAUCGUCUGCAAAGAAGACGGAUACGACGUUCUGGUGGAUGGUGACGUUGUUGCUUCAUUCCCACACAGGCUGGAUGCUGGACGAGUGACGCACUUGGUCGUCGAUGGCUGCAUUGCCAUCAGUCGCAUCAUGGCAGUCUGAGUUCGUAUCCUCUAUUGGAUCCUUAUGCAACACGUGGGUUUUAUCGAAGUUUUUUAAAUUCAGGAUUAGUCUCGGAAAGAACAAGAUCAGAAACAUGGAUGAAGAGGUAACUGUAUCUAAAGCAAACUGUAUCUAAAGCAAGGUCAUCAAAUUAAUUAUGAAUAGUGCAAGCUUGAGUUAGAAUUGAAUUUUCAAGAAACGAUAUUGUAUAUUAAGGCGUUAAGUUUUUCUGUAUGGUAUACACUCACUACUUCUGUACCAACCAUUCUUAAUAUGUGAAAAAGUUUAUUUGAUUUCAUUACGAUAUUGUGUACGUUGUGAUCUUUUAAAUAACCAUACGAGGUUUAGCGUAGUUCGUCACAGAAGAACUUUGAUCUGACGUGGAAGAAAAAUCUGUUGCUUUUUCUAAACAUUGUUACUAAUAUCGUUUUUCUAAUUAUUUAUUUUUUUCAUAAUACAUGGAAGUAUUUAGUGAUGUCUUUACAUUUUAUCCGGAGUGAUUUAUUUUUUUAAGUAUUAACAUGCAACCUGGCAAAUUAUCAAUCAAAAUCUUCAUUGAAUGUGCUUCUGUUACAUAAGUUAGUGAAUCAAGAGUAUAAUUAUGUUUGAAUGCGAUAUAAACUAACAAAACAAUGUCCAUAAAUUGGUUCUAUACAGAGAUUUUUAAAAAAUAUAUAACCCCAAAAAAGUAAUCUAUUUUUGAGAGCUUGUAUUUUUAUUUUCAGAGGCUAUUUAUUUUCCCCAGAUUAACAAAUAGGUAUAAAAUUAAAUAUUUUGGGGGGGAAAUCUCAAUAUUCAAAGACAAAGCACGUUUUCUUAUGCAGUUGUCAAGUGCUUCGAUUUAUUGUUAAUUGCUUUACAGUUAAUUGCAUAUAAAAUCUUAUUUAAAAGUUCUUAAGUGUUAAAAUACCUUGCUUGUGAACUGAAGCUUCUCCGGACACUUUUUGACUGUGUCAGAGGUGACGAAACUAAUGUUAUACUGUACAUCGUUACAUCUCUGCUAUCAAUUUUACUUUUAUGCGAUGUUCAUGUAUGUAAUUCACUUAUUUGUAAUCUGUGAGAUCUGUUAGUAGAUGAUUAUGACAGUUAAUUUAAGCAAGUUAACAAAUUGAGUGAAUAGACAAAAAUAGAUAUUUAUAUUCUUAGAUGAAUAGAAUCUUGACAUACCUAAAAUAUAUUUUAUUACUGUUGAAAACUGAAUCACCUGCUUUCUGUGAUUGCUGUGCCUGGUACUGUAAAUAGGUCCAAGGAAAAAUAUAGAUAUUAUAUUUAUAGGCAAUUUGAUAUAUUUUUUCACUUAUUUUCGUGGUGUUUACUCUUUAAAACUUUUUGCAAAAGAAUGUAUUGAAAAUUUAAAAGCUAUGUACUAAUAAAAUUUUGUUUUGAUCUU